GCAGGAAACAAAGAGUGGCAUUUGGUGGCUAUUAUUCACUUCUCUUCUCUCUCUCUCUCUCUCCCUCCUUUGCCUCCAACACAUCUAGAGAGAGAGAGAGAGAGAGAGAGAGAGAGAGAGAGAGAGAGAUGGGAAUUGCAGUAGUUUCAGUUCAAGCACCCCAUCAUUUCCAAUCCCUUCAAUUCUGUCACAGUAAAAGUAGACAGUUUCAUGGCUCAACAACUCUCAAAAUACACCAAACAAAGUCUUAUCUGAAUCUUCGUUGUUCAGCUUCGGUUGUGGAAGAAGGCCCUCCUCCUCCGAUUGAAUCAGAUUCCGCCAUUAAUGAAGACUCUGGCAAGCUUCCUUUCAGUGGUUGCAAGGCAUGUGGGAGGGAAGAAGUGGAAAAGGGGUGUAAUGGCGAGGGAAGGAUCCAAGGAGGAAUUGCAACAAUCCCGGGCUUUGGUUGGUGGCCUAUAAAGGCUUACAGACCCUGCCCCGGGUUUGUGGCAUCCGGUGGUCGGUAUCGGCGGCGCGGGCAAAGCAUGGAUGAGGUUGCCUUUGGAAGGGGACCUGUGGAAACUAGCAGUGAGGAUCAGUCAAGAAAGAAAAAGCAAUGACCAAGGAGAUUUGAAGGGGUUAUCAAAUUUCUGUUUGAAGAGAGAUCUGAUGACAUAUAUAAAAAUGGUUGAAGAAUAUCUUCUGUUGAAGUCAAUGUUCUACUUGAGGAUUUGUAUAUUCUGAGCAAAGGCUUUGGAUCCAAUGGUGUAUCUACCUAAAGAAAAUUAAAUGGGAAAAGAAAAAAUUGAAUUAUUUUAUUAUUUUUUCCUAUUCAAUUCUUCACAUGUUUUCCACCUCAAUAUAUUUUCUCUGUGACUCUGUCGAUGCUCACAAAAAGAAUUUUAAAAGUGUCGUAUAGUGAACUAGACGUUGUUUUACCGUGUCAAAAUGCAAGCAUUGAUUAGUCUAGUUUCCUAAGAUCUUUAUCAUUUUUCGACAAAAGCUCCAAAUUAUUUUGAAGAAUCAUGAAAGCAUUGAUAAGGUCUAAUCCUUGUACCCAUUUUGAUGGAAAAUGACAACA